AUGACUGUCUACUCCAUUUUGGUUCUUUUCGCACUUGCCACUGUAACCUGUCACAACAUGAAACCAUUCGACGUCAAUGAGCCCCUGUCUUUGACGAUAUCUCCUAAAGUUUGGAGUCUUCUUGAAACAAAAGCUGUGGUUAUAGAGAAUGCAGUAAAGUCAAUAAAAAUUCCGGAUUUCGGUAAAAGGAACUGGGCACGUAUGGGGAAAGUCUCUAACAUGAAGAUCACAAAGUUCAAGGUACCCAAAUUUGGUGUUUCAUUUGAGAACAUGAACGAUGGAGUGCAUAUCAAGAUAAAAGGAGUACAACUAGAAGUAUGCGGAAAAGCAAAAUAUAGGUUACUUUUCGUAACCUCCAAAACCAAAAAUGUGGCAAUAACGAGCAACCUGGAUGCUGAUGCAAAACUGAAGUGGAGGGAUUUCAUUUUCAUUCCAGAAGUUAAAAUAAAAACAAACUUGAAAACUAAACUUUCUGGAAUUUUGCUGAAGAUUUUUAAGCCCUCCGACAAGAAGAUAUCCCGCGUAAUCGACAGAGCGCUGGAGAAAUAUGCUGAGAAAAUAAUAGUGGAAGAGGUUAAUCCCCAUUUGCAAGAGUUCAAGAAGAAGAUAGAAGCUGAAGGCUUGAGAAGUUAUACCGUGCAGCUGUCAGUUCAGAGAAAUUCCCUUCAUGUUUCCAUCAAACCAAAAAGUGCAGGUAAUGUUAUCACUCCGCUAAAUCCGAUCAAUAACAUGGUCUGCUUGAAUGCGAAUAUGCUGGCUCUUAUAAACGGGAUCCAUGGAAGGAAGAAGAGGGAUUUGAGUAGGAACCACACUUGGGUCAGUCGCGGAAGUUCCUCAAGGUUCCAGAAUAGCAAGAAAAUCGAUGUCACCUGCUUAUCGCCAAAACUUGACUGUGAAUUGUCCAAACUCACAUGCUCACUUUGCUCGGAUAUUGAUAUCAAGUACACUUCAGGAACUGUGGAUGAAUUUCAUAAUUGUUUGCCAAAGUUACCGUUCUAAUCGUAAGUGAAAUGAAUGUCUGUGCAGCAAUGUUUCGUAAAAUAAUGCCGU